CUUUUUUUAAAAAGAUUAUUUAAUUGAGAGGAGAAAGAGAUAGAGUACUCCCAAGUGGUUCACUCCCUAAAUACCCAAAUUGGGAGCUUGGAACUCAAUCCAGGUCUCUCCUGUGGGUGAUAAGAACCUAAUCACAUGAUCAUUACUGCUGCCUUCCAGAAUCUGCAGGAAGCAGGAAGCAGGAGUCUGGAGCCAGAGCUGGUUACUGAACCCAGGUACUCCAGUAUGGGACAUGUGCCACUUAGCCAGCAUUCUGACUCUGAGGCUCCAUGCUUGCCUCUUUUUAAACAUUUCAUCUUAGCCAAAAGGCCAAUAAGUGAUCAUUCCCAUUUUUAAGUGUACAGUUGAGUGGCAUUAAGUACAUUUGUAUUGUUAUGUAAGCAUUGCCACCAUCUACCUCCAGAACUUUUUCAUUUUUACAAACUAUAACUCUGUACUCAUUCGUCAGUAACUCCUCAUUCCCCACUCCCCCUAACUCCUGACAACCAGAUACUAUACCAUUAUUUCUCAGCCUUUUGGCUAAGAUCAAGUGUAGCCUGCUACACCACAUACCAGCCCGUAUAAGUAGAUCUUUAAAAAAAUUGUUUUCCAUCCUAUGUAGAACUUACAUAUUAUGAAAAGACUAUACAUGAAUUUCAAAGGUGUUUUGCACCAAAAUAAAACUCAUCCUUUUCAUUCUAUUUUUUCAUGAGCUUUUUAAAGUACCCUCAUAUGCAGCACAUUUUGUUUAUCCACUCACCCACUGAUGGUUACCUGGUUGGUUUCCACCUUUUGGCUGUUGUGAAUCACGUUGGCAUUGAUCAUGGGUCUACACAUACCUGUUCCACUCCUUGCUUCCAGUUCUUUUGGGUAUAUAGCCAGAAGAAGAAUUGCUGAAUCAUAUGGCAGUUCUGUGUAUGAAUGUUUGAGGAACUGCCAGGCCAUUUUCCAAACCAGCUAAACCAUUUUACAUUCUUAGCUGCAACACACAAAUAUUCAAAUCUUUAGUUGUGCCUGUUGUUCUGAAAUAGGGCAUUAAUCGUUAACUCUUGCAUAUGGGUUGUAAGGUAGUGUUGGGAUAUAAAAAUCAUAUAUUCAGUAUUAAAUCUGUUGUGGCUGUUGUUUUUAUAGAGAAUUUGACGUGGUAGAGGAGCAGGUAUUUCUACUAUUAGUUCUUUGCUGUAUGUCACCUCUUUAGGAACCCCAUGGAGUAGGCAUAAUUGUGUAUCCAAGCUGUAGCUAUAGAACGGAACUUUUUAAUUAACUACUCUGAUUUCAGAAUGUAUUAAUAAAUCUGAUUUUCAUAUAAAAUGUAUGUGAUAUGCACAAUCAGAAGUGACUAGAAAACCUUACAUUAGCACCUUUUCUGGGUGCCAAUCUUGUGCAAAAAGUUCCAGUGUGUGAUAGGCACAAAGCAGCAUUAGGAUAUGGUUCUUACCUUCAGGACCUGUGGGCUCUGAGAUCACAAGAACACCUGAAAAUCACAUCACUGUGUAUGAACUGAAUAAAAAUGUUAUAAAGGAUAGAAAUGAAUGCCGAUAUGUAACAAAUUAAUUGCACACUGAAUAUUUUAGGUAACAGGUAUUGUGGGCUUAGCUCAAAGGAAAUAUCAUGGUCACAAGAGAUACCUGAAAAGGUAUUAUCUCUGAAGUCUAUUUUGAGUCGAGUGUUGAAUGAUAUGUAACAUUUAGACAGGUAGUGAGGUGUGGGCAAGAUCAUCCAGUUAAAGAGGGGUAGCAUUGUAAGUGUCAGACAUGAUUGUGCCGACUCAUUAAUUGGCAUUAAUUAGCCUACUCCUGGGAAGUAAGUGCCUUCCAUGAGUCAGGCACUGUGCUAAACAUUUUUUUAACUAUGUUCUUUAUUCAUUUUUUCAGCAACCCAGUGAGCUAGGAAUUAGGGACCAUCUAUUACCCCUUCCUGUGGAUGAGGGUAUGGGAACUUGGCGAAUGUCAGUGACUUUUCCACAGAGUCCUGGUCAGUCAUGGUUUACAUCCAGCAGGUGUAGUUGCAGACUCAGCACUUAGUACAUCAGGCAAAAUUGCUGUGGCUCUAAGUGUGAAAGGGGCUAGUGAAAAAAUUGUAAAUGGCCUGUAAAGUUCUGAAACCUCUCUGUGUGGCUAAUGUUAGACAUUCUGGCAGCCUGUGGAUAUGAGCCAGAGUGGUUUAUGAACUCCUGUAGAAGGCUGCGGAGUAAUGAACUAGUAUCUGUUGCCAAUGAGGCCUCGCCUCUACAUGAUGGCUUCUGUAGAGCAGAGAUAAUGGAGGUAAUCUAUUCUGAAAACAACUAAAUAAUGACCUUAAACUUGUGUGCUCACAGCUGAAACAACAUGUGCAUAUACAGUUUUCUUCUGAUGAAACCCAAUCCAUUCAAGGAAAAAACAAACACUGCUUUUGGAAGGAUGGAGAAGUUGAAAAUAAUUCUUUCCCCUUUGUUGACUAGGCCAGUUAGUUCUGCUGUUUAUAUUUAUUUAUUUUUUUGGUCCAGCUACUUCGUGUGUUCAUAAGAGAUAUUUUGGCUGUAAUGGUUUCAUACAUUUUAAUACUUGUUAAGUUACAUUUCUGUGUGGUGCUGUAUACUGUUGACAUGAAGUACUUCUUUUUUAAGAGAGACAACAUGGCUCAACAGAUUAGGGCCACAGAAAGUAUGACUUAGCACGAUGGGGCACCGAAACAUGAGCAAGUCCCCGCAGUUUCCUGGUCUGUAAGCAGAGAUAAGUAUUAGUUUGUCGUUUUCAGAGAGUGGUAGUAGAAAAUACUUGGCUUUACAAUGAUUGUUAAUCUCAGUGUGGAACGUUUGGUCUGGGAACAAGGGUGACUAUCUCCUCCUGCUUUGAGUAAGUGCCACGGUAAAGGCUUGCAGUUUUCCCGGCUAGAAUCUGGGCCAAGUGAAAGCCUCCCGAUGUCCACCUUGGAGCUUGUGCUUUGUCCUUGUCCAAGCCCUGGUCACCAAGAGCAGAACACAGAUCUAGCUGUCGUCCUAAUCCACCUCCUUCUCCGCCCCUCCUGCGGGUCUCCUUGUACGUCAGUGCUGAGGCUCAGAAUUUUAGGAAAGAAAGAUGGAUCAGCCUAGUGGAAGAAGUUUUAUGCAAGUGUUAUGUGAAAAAUACAGUCCAGAAAACUUUCCCUACCGCCGUGGUCCCGGGAUGGGAGUUCAUGUCCCUGCCACACCUCAGGGCUCUCCUAUGAAAGAUCGCCUCAACCUCCCAAGUGUGCUAGUGCUGAACAGCUGUGGGAUAACCUGUGCAGGAGAUGAAAAAGAAAUUGCUGCCUUCUGCGCUCACGUGUCGGAGCUAGAUCUUUCUGACAACAAGCUCGAAGACUGGCACGAGGUCAGUAAAAUUGUAUCAAAUGUUCCCCAGUUGGAGUUUCUAAACCUGAGUUCCAACCCUCUGAAUUUGUCGGUUUUAGAAAGAACAUGUGCUGGGUCCUUCUCUGGGGUUCGCAAACUUGUCCUCAACAACAUCAAAGCUUCAUGGGAGACAGUCCACACGAUACUGCAGGAGUUACCAGAUUUGGAGGAGCUCUUCCUGUGCCUUAAUGACUAUGAAACAGUGUCUUGUCCUUCUAUUUGCUGUCAUUCUCUUAAGCUACUACAUAUAACAGACAAUAACCUCCAAGAUUGGACUGAAAUACGGAAGCUAGGAGUUAUGUUUCCUUCACUGGAUACCCUUGUCCUGGCCAACAAUCAUCUGAAUGCUAUUGAGGAGCCUGAUGAUUCAUUAGCCAGGUUGUUUCCCAAUCUGCGAUCCAUCAGCCUCCAUAAGUCAGGUUUGCAGUCUUGGGAAGACAUUGACAAACUAAAUUCAUUCCCCAAACUUGAAGAAGUGAGAUUGUUAGGAAUUCCUCUUCUGCAGCCAUAUACCACUGAGGAGCGGAGGAAACUGGUGGUAGCCAGAUUGCCUUCGGUUUCCAAGCUUAAUGGCAGUGUUGUUACUGAUGGUGAACGAGAAGAUUCUGAAAGAUUCUUUAUUCGUUACUACGUGGACGUGCCGCAGGAAGAAGUGCCAUUCAGGUAUCAUGAACUGAUCACAAAAUAUGGGAAGCUGGAGCCUUUGGCAGAAGUGGACCUAAGACCCCAGAGCAGUGCGAAAGUAGAAGUCCACUUUAAUGAUCAGGUGGAAGAGAUGAGCAUUCGCCUGGACCAGACAGUUGCAGAACUCAAGAAACAAUUAAAAACUCUAGUGCAAUUGCCGACGAGCAACAUGCUUCUCUACUAUUUUGACCACGAAGCGCCCUUUGGCCCAGAGGAAAUGAAGUACAGUUCCCGGGCCUUGCAUUCCUUCGGCAUUAGGGAUGGAGAUAAGAUUUAUGUGGAAUCCAAAACAAAGUAACCUCUACCGGCCUUGUAAAAACCCACACAUGAGGACUUAUGCAGGGCAUUUGUUUCCAAUAUGGUUUUCUUUAGAAGACUGCUUUUGUUUGGUUUGAUUUUGUUUAGGUUUGGGAGGGGUUUUGUAUGUUUCUCCCCCACCGAGAACGGGAAGGGGGCCGUUUUGGGUAUUUUCUACCACAGAUUUCUUCUGCUCAGCCAGCAGAAUUGGCCGCUUCUCCAGUCCGCGGGCCCUCUCUCGUGAAAGAUGACCAAGAAGUCGCCGACUUGUUACUAUGUUCUCCGGGGCGUGCCUGCCUGGUUCAGAGGACCAGGAGUGUGCUGGUGAAGGCGGCGUGCACUGCGGCCGCCCCUCAGACGGGGAUCUUGGGGUCUUUCCACCAGGAAGCAGGAGCCUGCGCAGGGAGGGCCCGCACUUCUCUCUCCUGCUUCUUCCUUUUCCCUGCUCUGCCACCUUUUUCCUGUUUGGGUUCAGUUUUGUACUUUGAAUUCCGCCACCACGUGUUUACCUGAUAGUUCCAUUCUGCUCAUCAUUACCUUCUUAUUUCUCAACUUGGUGAUUGCCCCUGCCCUGCCGUCUCAUUUCUCCCUUUUAAAAUAAUUUUAAAUGUUUUAAACAUUUUCAGCCUGAUUCUGAUCUCAGGUACUCAGUAAGAACCUGUAGCCCUGUUGAGAUGUUGAAGAAGAGUAAAUGGAGAGGUAAACUCUGGGAGAACUCGCUGUUGUUCUGGGAGCCCAGGCAGAGUGUUCUGGUCUCUGUGUUUGUCACUAUCUCACUUUUUAUGUUCCUCAUAUAUGAGAUCAGCCAUUGCUUUGAGAACAUGAAACAUGGCCGGUUCCAGAGUUCUUUGACUUUUGCUUGUUGAAUGUAUUUCCUUGUAUCUCUGAUUACUUUAAACUACUGGGACUAGAGGCCUGACUUCGUGAAGAAGCCGAGAGAGUAGAAUAUAUACAGCCAGGGGAGUUGAGACUCAGCUAAUAAACCAUCCUUGGUGUGUGUGAGGAAGUGGAGUGGGGGGAUGUGAGAGACCGAACUUUACGACUUCCUGGCCUGUGUCAUCCAUUUGAAGCCCUGCUUUUGCACUUAGGGUUAAAGGUGGGAAAUUUUAAUCAAAGGGAGCUUUGAUUCCCAGUUCUUUCUUGGGACUUUGUGAUGUCAUAAAUGAGCACUUUUCUCUGUUUUACGUUUCAAUUUAGUUUAGAGAAGAACAGCUCUGCCUAAUCUACAAGUAAAGAUGUAAGUGUCAAAACUUCAGAAUUGCCUCCAAGUCCUAUUUUUUUUGCAAAAGCAAAUUUCAAGCACUUUCCCUUUUAAAAGCCAGUCCCUCACCUGCUCUGACAUCUUUUUGUUUGUUGUUCUGUUCCUUCACUAAUCAGAUGGAACCCCUUUCUUCAGUGUCAUUCUUUCUGUGUCCACCAUGUCUGUCAGUGGGAGUCAUGAGAAAGACGUGGCAGAACCAGAGCAGGAGGUGUGCGGGCUGAGUGAUUUUCUGGUUGCAUUUGACCUUUGUUACGUGGUUCCAGCCCUCCUACAAAUUUAGUUUCUUCUGAAAUCUCUGGAUGGCUCUCGUAAAUUAUUCACAUGUAGGCAGUUGUGCUUAUUAUUGCUAUGUUUUUAUUUUCCUAUUCCCUGUGGCAGACGUUCCUUCUGUUAAUGCACUUCAGGUUCAGUAUCUGUAAAAAUUUGGCCCAGGCCACUGAGUCAAAUCUACAUUCAUUGUAACAUUAAAGACGGAAACCAAAGGGUCUGAGAAAGAUGAUGCAUGAGGCCUGAUCUCCUCCUACAGACUUUUCUUUCAAAAUCAUAAAUGAGCAAUGGAGAGCCAGGCUGGGUUUAGACAAGAGAAGUUAUUUUGUAAUCACGUUUUUUUUUGGCAGAUGUUUGGAAGUGGGGAAAUAGUGCAGCAACAGUGUUGUGAAGAUGAAAACUGUGGGUGCUUUGUGUGUGUGCACACGAGUGCAGAGGAGUUUGAGAGAGGAAUGGUGUAACUGAGCCCGUUGCUUUUGUCAACCUGGGAAACAGAUGCUCUCUUAUUUUUUGAAGUCGUAUGACCCCUGGCUGUCCCACAGCAGAAGGCAGAAUGAACACUUGUGUUAUCAAAGGUGGAAUGGUCACAAUUAAUAAGAUAUUUUCUAUAUGACAAAGUUUUAUGAAAUGCUUUUUUACUAUUAGAGACCUGUUUCUUCUGUUCUUACAGAACGCAGUGAAUAUCAACUGCAACAUAAUUCCUUUUAUUAUACAGUUGCAUGUGAAGGGAACUUCUCAUUUCAUUCAGCAGACAUGGGUAUUUUUAGGGUGUUGUAAUUGAUAGUUUUAAUAAUUGCUGAAUAAUUUUUGAUUAAGAAAAAAAUCUAAUACAAUUACUGGUCUUUUAGAGUAAAUGAACAGAGGUAAAUGAGAAAAGCUAUUUGAGCAUGUGUACUUAUAGAUUCAUUUGGGUGGCUGAGUAAAGACGCUGCGCUUGGAAUAAAAUUGGUGCUGUGUA